GAUUUUAAACGUAACAUCACAAUGACGUUAAAUGAUGCACAAGGCUCUACAUAUACUUGCAACAAGGCAUAUCUCAUCGAUGACACAGCUAUGGAUCUAUUAUGUGAUGCUCAGAUCUUAACGACACAUCUAACACUGACAGGCCAGGACGUUGGAUACCUGUGCUCACUCAGUAUCAGUGGAGGUAAAAAUAUCAAAGGAGUAUAUGUAUAUUUUAAUUUAAAAGGUGAAGUCAAACUAUUACCUAUGGCUCCAUUUCUUGGUGUAUUGAAUUUUUUUUUUUACUUGGGAAAUUUUUACUAAUUUGACUUUGAUUAAAUUUUGUUUAGGAUAUUUCUAUUUCUUGACAAUGUUUCAAAUAAGCAACUAUAUAUGUCACAAUAUUUAAUUAUAAAGAAUCAUAUAGGUUGCAUAAUACAUCCAUAAUUAGACAAAGCAAUAAAUAAUUCGAACAAUUGUGAAUUUUUACAUAAUUUACAAAAUAUAUUAAUAUUUCACUUCUUGAAAUUACCAGCUAUUGUGCAAUUUUAUUAGAUAUUUUUUAUUGAAAAUUAAUUAAUCUUCCUUAAUUAUCAACACAUUAUUUUAAUUUCUUAUCGGAUUAUUCAUAAUGUAUGUGUCACAAACUAAGAGCAUACAAAAGUACUGCUAAUCAUUGUAUAUUUCUUGGCUAGUUUAAUCCUUAAACUUACGCACCAAUAUUCAUCUUCUUUAAAGCUAUUAAUAUAGGUGAGAUAAAUUACAAUUUGAAAAAGGGAUGUAAUCUAAGUUUUACAACAUAGAUUAACGAAACAGAUAUAGUUCUAUAAACGAGUAACUUUGUAACGUAAUGGCACUAAAGAUCAUGGCUUUUAAAAGUUAUGGAUAAUUUAAAUAUAGCAUUUCCCAUUCACCGCUAUAUUUUGUAUUUAAAAUGAUUAGGUAUAAUGAGAUAUUAAAAGACAUUUUUGAGACUAAAUUGUUUAGUUAAAAGUGUUACAACUUAUUUCAGGACGCAAUGUCGCACUUAAACAAAGAGCUGUGCAAUCAAGUGAUUACAAUAAUAUUUACAUUGCGGAUAAAGCUGUAGAUGGUAACAGAAAUACAGACAUUGGUCAAAACUCUUGUACUCGUACAAAUGACCCCGAUGCCCAACCAAACUGGAAUGUAAAAUUCUCGAACAUUAAACUGGUAAACAGAUAUGUGUUGUUCAAC